CCAUCUGCACCAGUCCAGAUGUAGUUGCGCGGUCUCGCCACUCCUGAAGGGGGCGCUGUGUCACCGCACGCGCGUCGUGUUCACUGUUUAUAUGUGGUUGUCACGCGAGCUACUUCCGCCGGCUAGACACUCUGAAACGGCUUCUUAACUUAUCAAAACUAGCUUUUUAACUUUAUAAAUCGCAUUUAAGGUGUUGAAUUAAGUUUUUUGCUUGCGUGUUAUCUUCUCCAGGUUUCGUUUGACAGCGUGUGUUCGCUAUGACAGUUACUUAGAAAGUGCAGAGACGUUAGCAUGAGAAGCGUUUAAGUUAACGUACGCGAAAAAAGCAGUGUUAAUACUCUUAUGGCGUCUCACAACAUCACAACACCAGAAGAUGAUUGCCCGACUCUGAAGCCGAGACGAAUUCAGAACCAAAACGUAGUGCACCGCCUGGAAAGACGCCGGAUCUGCUCCGGCCCACCUGGGGCUCACUGGUACCGUGUGCGUUGCUUGCACCAAAACCUCUUCCCAAAUUUCACAGUGGUGAAUGUUGAGAAGCCCCCCUGCUUCCUACGGAAGUUCUCCCCUGACGGACGCUGUUUUAUCGCAUUCUCCUCCGAUCAAACAUCCCUGGAGAUCUACGAGUACCAGGGAUGCCAGGCUGCAGAAGACCUCCUCCAAGGCCAGGAGGGUGAGACCCUGGCAAACGGGAACGACCAGCGCUCCCUCAAUAUCAGAGGUAGACUCUUCGAACGCUUCUUCUCCCUGCUCCACGUCACCAACGUCGCCUCGAACGGUGAGCACUUGAAUAGAGAAUGCAGUCUGUUUACGGACGACUGCAGGUAUGUGAUAGUCGGUUCGGCUGCUUACUUGCCCGAGGAACCUCAUCCGCAUUUUUUCGAGGUUUACCGGAACAAUGAGUCGGUGACCCCGAAUCCACGCUCUCCUCUUGAGGACUACUCGCUGCACAUUAUAGACCUGCACACGGGACGCUUGUGCGACACUCGCACCUUUAAAUGCGACAAGAUCAUCCUUUCGCACAAUCAGGGACUUUAUCUGUACAGAAAUAUUCUGGCUGUGCUUUCUGUGCAGCAACAGACCAUACACGUUUUUCAGGUCACAUCAGAAGGAACCUUCCUCGACGUCCGCACCAUUGGACGUUUUUGUUAUGAGGAUGACCUCCUGACUCUGUCUGCAGCUUACUGUGAGUCUCAGGCCGAAAGUCUGCCCGGUUUCUCUCGCCUCUAUAAGGAGAAAACCAUCAACUCCCUGAAACACAGGCUGCUGGUGUACCUGUGGAGGAGGGCGGAGCACGACGGCACCGCCACGGCCAAGCGGCGGUUCUUUCAAUUUUUCGAUCAGCUCCGGCAGUUGCGCAUGUGGAAGAUGCAGCUUCUCGACGAACAUCACCUCUUUAUCAAGUACACCAGCGAAGACGUGGUGACACUGAGGGUCACCGACCCAUCGCAGCCUUCGUUCUAUGUGGUUUACAACAUGCUGACGACGGAGGUGAUAGCUGUUUUCGAGAACACUUCAGACAAACUCCUCGAGCUUUUCGAGAACUUCUGCGACCUCUUCCGGAACGCUACACUACACAGCGAAGCCGUGCAGUUCCCUUGCUCUGCGUCCAGUAACAACUUUGCCCGUCAAGUGCAGCGCAGGUUUAAAGACACCAUUGUAAAUGCCAAGUAUGGAGGGCACACGGAGGCCGUUAGAAGACUGCUGGGACAGUUGCCCAUUAGCGCUCAGUCCUACAGCAGCAGCCCAUAUCUGGACCUCUCCCUCUUCAGCUAUGAUGACAAGUGGGUGUCUGUCAUGGAGCGACCGAAGACCUGCGGCGAUCACCCCAUACGGUUUUAUGCGAGGGAUUCGGGGCUGCUGAAAUUUAAGAUCCAGGCAGGCCUGCUGGGCAGACCCAUUAACCACACGGUCAGAAGACUCGUGGCGUUCACCUUCCAUCCUUUCGAACCCUUCGCUAUCUCCGUACAGCGCACCAACGCCGAAUACGUUGUCAACUUUCACAUGCGACAUGGAUGCGUAUGAUGUUGUUGUGGAUGUGGAAAAUCUGUAUUUAUUUUAAGCUGAUAUGAUGCAUGAAACCAAAGAUUUUUUUAUUUUAUUACAUUUUAUUCUUCAUUUGUUAUUUGCAUUAAAGUUUUAUUUAUUACAAAUGUUAUGUCUUUUAUUUUAUUACG